GAAAAACUCAGUGUUUUGCCCUUGGUGGCGAUCUUGCUGCAUGGCAUCCAUCGGUCGUCCCCCGUGACUGUUCUUUUUCUCUGCUUUGUUUGCCCCCGAACAGAUGAUGGUGUGGGUGCCUUGCUCUUCCUCUCACAGGCCCUUGUAAUAAGAAGCAGCAAAGCAUGUUCUUGUUUGUCAUUUGCUGCAGGUGGAAGAGGGACAGAAGUGGCAAUAAAAUUGCUCAUCCAGUUACUGGCAAAAACAUCUUACAGUUCGUAGCUAUCAAGAGGAGAGACUGUGGGGAGUGGGCCAUUCCAGGGGGGAUGGUGGACCCAGGGGAGAAGAUUAGCGCUACCCUGAAGCGAGAAUUUGAGGAGGAGGCCUUGAACGCCUUGCAGAAAUCACCUGAGGAGAAAGCAGAAUUGGAGAAGCGACUCCACAAGCUGUUCAGCCAGGAACACUUUGUGGUGUACAGAGGAUAUGUGGAUGACCCUCGUAACACUGAUAAUGCCUGGAUGGAGACGGAAGCUGUGAACUAUCAUGAUGAAACUGGUGAGACAAUGGAUAAUUUGCCUCUGGAAGCAGGUGAUGAUGCUGGAAUGGUGAAGUGGGUUGACAUCAGUGAGAAGCUCAAGUUGUAUGCAAGUCAUAGCUACUUCAUUAAGCUUGUGACUGAGAAAUGGGGAGCCCACUGGAGCGAGGAUCCUGGUCCUGAGUGCUGUGGGUGAUGUAAACAAGGAACCAAUGGACACCAAGGGGAGAAUGUUUUUUCCAGCUUUGAAACAGAUGACCUUGUCCUUUUCAGUGGAAGUUCGGUGAAAAUUCCAUGAAAUUCAGCCAGCAAAAACACUUGGCAAUGGUAAAUAGAGGCUUUUUCAGAGACUUCGGGUUGCUGCUUUUGAUUUUACAGCUAGCGUGAAAUGAGAUGAAUGUGGAGCUGUUUUGCUUUCUUGUCUUCAUUAUUUGCAGCUGUUUCAUACUAUCUGCAGAUUUGCAUGACAACACUGGGAUUCUGAGUGGCUGUAGUUCAGAGGCUGUUCACUUUAGCUCUCUAUUUUUGCACUGAUUGCUUGUCAGGAAGUAUGCAUCCUUAAGGGAUGUGAGCCUUGUAGAAUGGUAACUUGAAUAAUAGCUUAAUUUAAGUGCUACAUAAUAAAGUGAAGUUUUUCUGAGUCAUUUUAACAUGUCUUUUCAGUGAUUUUUAUUUUGAGAGAUUAGUUUUCACAUUUAAUUGCUUUCUAGUCUACAGUAUGGAUGGUAUUCACAUCUGAAUGUCUGACAGUGCCUCUGUCUGAAAAGAUAACUGUUGGAGGACGUAAUUUGAUUACUGAUUUUGGGAGCUGGAUUUCUAGGUUCCUUUCUUCUCACUGCUUAUAUUAAUAUAUUAUACAGCUGUUGGGGAGACUGUGCCAUAAACAGGGUCAUUGGAAGGAGCAGCAUUAAAGUAUAAUCCUGUAAAUUGUGGUAGCUUUUUACACUGCCCCAGCAGUGUAGUUGGGAUUUGAAAGCAUGACCACAAGAGCAGACCCUUCUUAAGUUCAUGGGAGGUGAAUGUGCAGCUCAUCGUGGCUGAGAACAAGGGUGAUUAUACUGUGGCAUGUCAAAAUAGCAUGAUUUUUUUCUUGAAUGCUACUGUUUACAUAUUAAGUUCUUAACAUAAUGUACAGUGCUAAAGAUGAAAACAGGAAAAAAAAAUUUCAAUUAUGAAAGUAUCAUACUCAGUGAGACAGAAAAACUGCACUGUUUCCGUAGCCAGUGUGUUAUUCCUGGAAAGCUUUCUGGUUAGACAAUUUCCAGUUGGAGUGUGUGAUCUUGGAUGGUAUGCUGUACAAAAUGCCAUUACUUUAUGCGCAUCCCCUUACUAAUUGGGUCUUGAUGCUUACUCGCGUCCUAAAAUGUAUUGCAUAAUUACAAUAUUGAAAGUUUAUAAGCAAGCAAAUGUAGUGGCAUUUCUUUAUUGGCAAAUCUUCUGGAAAAUGGUCAGCUUCAUGUGGGUGAUGUUAGCUUGUACAUUAAUGCAAGUUAGAUGUGUUGGAAAGUGUUAUUUUUUAGCCCUAUGUGUUGUGUCUCUAACAUAUGCUAAACUACUUUUUUUUUAAAUAUCUAAGAGAUCAUCUAUUCCCAAGGAUUGGGAUACCCAGACAAAUACUCAAGGAACAGCACCAGAAUUUUGAGAAAGUUUGUAACCUCUUUUCAAGCUGAAGAAAUGGGGGGGAGUAUUAUUAAAAAAAAUUACUCCAUAGAAUGCAUGUCUGCUAAUUAGAAAGCAAAGUGGAUUACUGUCCUCAACCUUCAAAGAUAAAUUGCAUAAAUCCCUUCUAUGGUAGUUUGUCAUUCAGAAGCCGCUCUCU